UGUGUUUAUUUCUGCCGUCAUUGGGGAUAUUAAAGUCCGCAAGGGAUCGGUUUUUUUGCAGAUCUUUCGAUAACAAGUCGAGCUUACCAUUUUGUCUUGAAGUGACCUUGGAAAGCUUUUUAGAAACCAAUCCGAACUAUACAGCGACUGACUCGUCGCAUACACUACCGCAUUAACUGCAUCACAACGCGAUAUACUUGGUAUAAUGAAGCACCCAUCGGAAUUGCCGACAGAACCUAUCGUGGGCGCUACGAUAAACAACACCGCGGACUCCCACGUAUCAAAGCAAAGUCUCGCUCAUACAGCUUCGAGCAGUCUAGUUCCAUCACCUACCAUCGAGUCCCUUCCAAAACCGACUUUUGAUUUUGACCCUCAUGUUGGAGCGAAGCCAUGCUCGCCAUUCUAUCGUCACAAUAACAAUGAUUCACUCGAGCACCUCAAGAACGAAGCCACAAUUUCAGCAGAACGAUACGGAUCCAAUGACUUGGAAAACGGUCUAUCAAACACUUCACACAAACGAUCGGUAGAAAUUCACGGUGUUUGCCGGUCAAAAUUGUGGGCCGAGAAGAAGAGGCGGUUUGACUGUCUGUCAUCAUUGACCAAGAAACAACGACUCGCGGUCAAGCUCCUGAUUGCGUUUAUCAUCGUAGGAGCGAUGGUGGGCAUCGCACUCGGUAUCACUGCUGCAGUCGGGGGAGGUGUCUGGAAAUCCAAGAACCAGCAAGGCGCCAUUGGCAGUUGAGGUCUUUCGAACGGAAAGAUUAGGACGUUCGAUUUAUUUGCACAUAUGACAAUUGUAAUAAUGCUCUGGGCUUGACUUUGCCUCGACCAUCCGAUAUGCUUCUAAAAGCCGGUACCUGCCCGACUACAUCCCCGCAACAACACUCCGCUGGGAUGCCGUCGAUCACCAAUAUUGCACAUGCCUAAGCAAGUGAUGGUUUAUCUCCGAGUUGUCAGGAGUGGGUUAUUUCGCUGGAGCAACGAAUGGGUCUGGUCAAAAUGGUUUAUCUUUUCCAUACAGUACAUUUCGUGAGCCGGACUCACCGCAGGAUUAAAUAUGACGAUAAUAUAGACAGUUUCUGGAUGAUGUUCUCUGCGU